AUGGCGGAAGGUUUGAGGUUCCCAUAUCUCUCUUUAGAAAUGCAUCCCCCUCUGACUUUACAUAGGCAUCCUAUGUGUGCCGAGAUUAUUGAAGAAUUCCAAAAGUGCCAUCUGGAUCACCCUGUUAAGAAGUUCUUUGGAGAGUGCACAGACCUGAAAAUCAAGCUAGACCGCUGCUUCCGACAGGAGGUUCAAAGUUUCUUCCUUGUUACGGAAUAUGCUUCCAAUUUGUUCAUGCAUGCUUGUGCAACAGUGCUUUGUGCCAGAUAUGGACAACUCGCUCUUAUUGCCUACUAUAAGCAGUUUAUUGGGCUUCAGGCAUCUAUAACUGGGUUGGGGGAUUUUUGCAACCCUUACAGAUGCCCCAUUAUUCUUGUUCAUGAUGCAGGCAUCAACACCAUCACCUACAAGGCUACAACAGAGCUAAGGAACAAGGCAGGCGUACCUCGAUCGUCCAUGGAAGCAAAAGCAAUCCCGCUCCUCACGCCAUACACCAUGGGGAGGUUCCACCUCUCCCACAGGGUUGUCCAUGCACCACUCACAAGGUCAAGGUGCUACAACAACCUUCCGGGCGAGCACGUCGCCCUCUACUACUCCCAGAGGGCCUCGGAAGGCGGCCUCCUGAUCAGUGAGUCCACUGGGGUCUCCGAGACUGCCCAGGGGUACCCCAGCACUCCAGGUAUAUGGACCAAGGACCAGGUGGAAGCCUGGAAGCCAGUCGUCGAAGGUGUGCAUCAGAAGGGUGGAGUUUUCUUCUGCCAGAUUUGGCACGUAGGGAGGGCUUCUACUUAUGGUACUGCCACUUCUCAAGUUCUGGAUAUUUAUGGUGACCUUAUUAUCAACCCAAUGGACAAGCACCAAUUUCUUGUACGGACAAGCAGAUCACCCCUGAGGUUCUCGAUGAUGGGACUGUGGAGGAAUUCUCAGCCCCAAGGAGGCUUAGAGAAGAUGAAAUCCACCAAGAUUGUCAAUGAUUUUAGGCUUGCUGCUAGGAACUGCAUUGAAGCAGGCUUUGACGGAGUCGAAAUCCACUGUGCAUUUGGCUAUCUCAUCGAGCAGUUCAUGAAAGACAGUGUCAACGACAGAACUGACAAGUACGGUGGAAGCAUGGAAAACCGAUGCUGCUUUGCGCUAGAGGUAAUCCAAGCUGCCAUCGAUGAGGUCGGAGCAGACAGGGUUGGUGUCCGUCUCUCACCAUAUUCGAACUACCUGGAUUGCUGGGACUCAGACCCAGACGCACUUGGCCUGUACAUGAUCCACGCCAUGAACAAGCUCGGCGUCCUCUACUGCAGCAUGGUUGAGCCGGAGGCGGUCAAAGUGGAUGGUAAGGUGCAGAUCCCCUACAAGCUGCUGCAUUUCAGGAAAGCGUUUUCUGGCACUUUCAUUGUUGGUGGAGGAUACAACAGGGAAGAAGGCAACAGAGCUGUGUCUGAAGGUUACACUGACCUGGUGGCAUACGGCAAAUGGUUUCUGGCGAACCCAGACUUGCCAAAGCGAUUUGAGCUGAAUGCACCUUUGAACAAGUACGACAGAUCCACGUUCUACUCUCCUGACCCCGUUGUUGGGUACACUGAUUACCCUUUUAUCAGUCCUUCUGUGUGA